UCGAUCCCAAAUCCCAAAUGCUUUGUUCCUUCCUUUAUUUUGUUUUGGAUUUUUUAAAUAGUUAAUUCUCUCUGCAAAGUUCGUGUUUUAGUUCGGCAAUGGUGAAGGAGACCGAGUUCUACGACAUCUUGGGUGUCAGCCCUUCUGCUACUGAGUCUGAAAUAAAGAAAGCUUAUUAUAUGAAGGCAAGGCAGGUACAUCCGGAUAAAAACCCAAAUGAUCCUCAAGCAGCUGAGAAAUUUCAGGCUUUGGGAGAAGCUUACCAAGUACUGAGUGAUCCGACACAACGACAAGCAUAUGAUGCUCAUGGGAAAUCAGGAAUCUCAACUGAUGCAAUUAUUGAACCUGCAGCAAUAUUUGCAAUGCUUUUCGGUAGUGAGCUUUUUGAGGAAUAUAUAGGACAACUUGCUAUGGCAUCAAUGGCCUCACUAGACCUUUUCACGGAAGGAGAGCAGUUUGAUACUAAAAAGUUGCAGGAGAAAAUGAGGGUUGUUCAGAAGGAAAGAGAAGAAAAGCUUGCACAGUUGUUGAAAGAUCGACUAAAUCAAUACGUGCAAGGAAACAAAGAGGAUUUUGUUCAGCAUGCAAAAGCUGAAGUAUCAAGGCUCUCGAGUGCAGCUUAUGGUGUUGAUAUGUUGAAUACAAUUGGCUACAUCUAUGUAAGACAAGCAGCAAAAGAACUUGGGAAGAAAGCGAUAUACUUGGGUGUUCCAUUCGUUGCUGAGUGGUUUAGAAACAAAGGUCAUUUUAUUAAAUCCCAAGUAACUGCUGCAACAGGUGCAAUUGCUUUGCUUCAGCUGCAGGAGGACAUGAAGAAGCAGCUGAGUGCUGAAGGAAAUUACAGUGAGCAGGAGCUCGAGGAGUACAUGCAAUCUCACAAAAAGCUGAUGAUUGAUUCCUUAUGGAAACUUAAUGUAGCCGACAUAGAAGCUACUCUUUCUCAUGUUUGCCAAAUGGUUAUCCAAGAUAGCAAUUGCAAGAGGGAAGAGCUUCGAGCACGAGCAAAAGCAUUGAAAACUCUUGGUAAAAUCUUCCAGAGGGUCAAGCCAGCAAAUGGAAAUGAUAGUGAUCCUGUCAGCAAUGUGAGAUUGGAUGGAACUGAACCGAGUUGUAACGGCAAUUCUCCAAAUGCAUCAGCAAAGCCCCCAAUCAAGGACGAGUUGGCUCAUUCUCCCUUCACAUCCCAAAGCCCGUAUGUGGAGGCCCCUAACUAUGUUGAUGUUCAGUUUCCAAGGCCAACAGCACCACCUGGUGCACAAAGACAUGCUUGAAAUAGAAGAGAUUGAGACGCAUGAUUCAUGGAAGUACGUGCUUCGUAUUGUACAGCUAUGAUUUGUAUCGAUAUUGUUGGUACUGCUGCUGCUGGGAAAAAGUUGUUUUUAGUGGUAUAUCAUUUGUUCAUGUGUAUUGUGCUUCAAGUGGGGAAAAAAUGUUUUUAGUGAGCAUGUGUUUAAUGCCUCCAUGACAGAUUAGGUUUCUAUUAUAUCGUAUAGAAUACUAUGUAGUUUUGUUUUCAUUGUUAUAGGCUGACUGAGAUUGCCUACUUGGCUUCUUUAAUGGCAAUUGUUUUUGCAUUUGUGUUUUGGUUUCA